CGGCGGAGGAGGAAUUGGGAGAAACCGAAAUUGGGAGCAACCGACGGGCCGGGAACAGGUUGGAGACCUUGGAUGGGAGCGGUCCAGCAGAGUGGAUGAAGCCGGCCCGCGCACCAUGUCAUCAUGCGUCUCGAGCCGGCCUGCCGCCCAGGAUGAGCUGGGAAGGAAUGGCGGAGGCGGUGGCGGCGGCGGCGGCAGCCCCAGCCCGAGCCCCAAGCCCUGCGAGGCGCUCCGCGGCCUCUCUUCCCUGAGCAUCAACCUGGCCAUGGAGUCCUUCAUCGUGGUGACGGACUGUGAGCCUGGCCAGGCCCGGCCGGAAGGGCUGUGCGUGGAGCAGAUGGAGCCCGGUGGGGAGGAGAUGAUGCUGCCGCUGCCGCCUGACAGCCAGGAGCCCCCCGGCCCGUCACCGGAACCCCAAGCCAGGCUCCGUCUCUCCAGCCGUAAGCUCUCCCUCCAGGAGAGGUCUCCGUCCGCCCAGUCCCCCGGUGGCAGCGCGGGCGUGAACGGGCGCUCCAUCUACCCAUCUCUGCCAUACUCCCCCGUCAGCUCUCCCCAGUCCUCCCCUCGCCUGCCCCGCAGACCCACGGUGGAGUCUCACCGGGUCUCCAUUACCGGUUUGCAGGACUGUGUGCAGCUUAAUCAAUAUACAUUGAAAGAUGAAAUUGGAAAGGGCUCCUAUGGAGUUGUCAAGUUAGCCUACAAUGAAGAUGACAACACAUACUAUGCAAUGAAAGUACUCUCCAAAAAGAAACUGAUGAGACAAGCAGGUUUCCCACGCCGCCCUCCACCCCGUGGCACCAAAGCACCCGCCGGAGGCUGUGUCCUGCCCAAAGGCCCCAUUGAGCAGGUGUACCAGGAAAUCGCUAUUCUGAAGAAGCUGGACCAUCCCAAUGUGGUGAAGUUGGUGGAGGUCCUGGAUGACCCGAGUGAGGACCAUCUGUACAUGGUGUUUGAGCUGGUGAACCAAGGGCCUGUGAUGGAAGUCCCCACUGUCAAACCCCUGACUGAAGACCAGGCCCGCUUCUACUUCCAGGAUCUGAUCAAAGGCAUUGAGUACCUUCAUUACCAAAAGAUCAUCCACCGGGACAUCAAGCCUUCCAACCUCUUGGUGGGAGAGGACGGCCACGUGAAAAUCGCCGACUUCGGUGUGAGCAACGAGUUCAAGGGUGCAGACGCCUUCCUCACCAACACCGUGGGCACCCCCGCCUUCAUGGCCCCGGAGACGCUCUCGGAAACCCGGAAAAUCUUCUCUGGGAAGGCUCUGGAUGUCUGGGCAAUGGGAGUGACGCUGUACUGCUUUGUCUUCGGCCAGUGUCCCUUCAUGGAUGAGCGGAUCUUAUGUUUACACAGUAAAAUCAAGAGCCAAACCUUGGAGUUUCCAGACCAGCCGGACAUUGCUGAGGAUUUAAAGGACCUCAUCACUCGAAUGCUGGAUAAGAACCCCGAGUCCCGGAUCCUCGUUCCUGAAAUCAAGCUGCACCCCUGGGUCACCAAGCACGGAGCAGAGCCGCUGCCGACGGAGGAUGAGAACUGUACCCUGGUGGAGGUGACCGAAGAGGAGGUGGAGAACUCGGUUAAACACAUCCCCAGUCUGGCGACCGUGAUCCUGGUGAAGACGAUGAUCCGCAAACGCUCCUUUGGGAAUCCGUUUGAGGGCAGUCGGCGGGAAGAGCGCUCACUGUCUGCCCCCGUAAACCUACUCCUAAGCAAACAAACAGGGGAAUGUUUUCGGGAGCCCAAGCAGGAAGCAAGGCAGCGAAGAAAACCUCAAGAGCACCGACCUGCCAAACGUGGGGGAGGAGGAGGAGGAGGUACGUUCGUGAAAUCGAGCGGCCGAGAAGUGGCGCGACUGACUCCGGGCCACGGCUCCUCGAUGAACAUGUGUCCGCUGCAGCCAGGGGAAGCGAUGGAGCUGGAAUAACCUCAUACCUGCAUGCCGUGGUCCUGCCAACCUCCCUUUGGCAUGGUGGUGCUGCCUGCAGCGUUUCCAUAGCAGCAUGCCCUACGGAAGCUGACCACCACCUGUGUAAAGCGUUGACCAUCAUCUGUGGGGUGGGGUGGUUGUGGGGUUUUCUUUUUUUUUCCUUUUUUUGGGGGGGUUUUCUUUUUUAGAGAGGAAAAAAAGAGCUGGUUCAAUCCCUGCCAAUUUGCCAUUGUGAAGACUGGCUAGUGGGAUGGUCAGGACCAAGUUGUUGUAAACCAGAAUCAAAUGCAACUGGAGGAGUUCAGUGGAAAACCGGUUCUCAUGCCAAAUACUUCACCACGAGUGUAGACUUGUCAAACGUCCGAAGUGGGUGUGCGUCGUGACUUUUUUUUUUUCCCCCUCCCUCCAAGUUGGUAUAGGAACUCAAGCUUCAGGGCAUGAGAAAUGUCACUGCUUCCAGGUCUUGAGUAUAAUUAUUCUUUGGAGAUGACUCCUUAUGCAAAACCGUAUGGUUUCGCACCCCACGAUCAGAGCUUGUUGGUCUUCAUAAGCAGAGGCUUACUGAUGGGAGUCAGCUGCAUCUGCAGGUAGCUCCAGGCUCAUUUAGUCAUUAGAGACUUUUUUUCUUCCCUUACCAGUGGUAAGACUUUUUAGCGUUUGCACAUUGGGCGGUCGUAGUUAGACAAAGGAAACUUCUGUAAGGGCUCAAAGUUCAGUUUUGAAUUCUUAGCAAGACGGGGGUGACAGAAGGGCUCUCGUCAGCUGGGAAUGGAGAAAAGUUGCUAGAAAAACUGAACUUGUUUCUUUAGAUUUUUUCAAAGGCAGCACUAAUGAAAGUGCAUUUCUGAAGUAGUUUACUUGCACUUGAUUGUUAAAAUGUAAAAAAAAAAAAAAUCAGGGUGAAAUCCUGCACUUCCAUGUACAUUACAUGGCUUUAGAUUUUACAAAAAUGGUCUUUUUUAAUGAUCUGACUAAAGUUUAAAGAUCGAAAAAAAAUUAGAAAUCUGAUGACUUUUCAAGAAGUGUUUCAUGGCUUCAAAUGCAUGGUUGAAACUUUGGAGGCAAUGAAGUUGAUUCCUGCUCUUUAGCAUCAUCACUUACUCGUACCUUGUGUAUUCAAGAGGCUGCUAAGUUUUUUAUUUUAAUCGUAUACUUGCUAGCUGAAGUCAGUGGAAUAUCUGCCUAGUUUCUGGAAGGCUGCUUAGGGAGAGCUUUCUCCCUCAGCCAUGAUGCAGUUUUUAAAGCUCCACUGUAAAUCCUAAAUGGAAAUCUAGGGAAUAACUCUAGGGCUCUUUUUAGAGAAGACUUUCCAGACUGACUACUUUGAGGAUUCCAGAUGUCCUUAUAAACAGAUCUGAUCCAUGACCCUGAGAAGGGCUUUCUCUUGAGGAAGAAACAGGGAAAGAGCAAUCUUCUUUAUCAGCAACUGACCACCAACCUUUUCUCCAAAUCAGUUUGAACUUGUUUCAUUUGGAUCAAAGCUAGCUAGACAUUUGAGCCAUAUUCUUGUGCAACAUGCUCUGGGAGGGAAAGUGGGAAGCUCCUGAUGAAUCUAGAGCCUCCUAUUUUUUGGCUUCAGAGCACUAUUUCCCAGUGGCAGGGUGGAGAAGAGGUCCAGGAACAUAAUUUGGGUGCCUGUCCUUUCUGGAAUAAUUGCACCUGUUAAAAAAGCCUCUGGGUCAUGUACUCUCCUGCUCUGUCCACGAUUUUGACUUAAAGCUGCAGGCUCAGGUGUGGGUUUUCACUGCCUCUGUGUGAAAAAUGCCCAAGAGGGGAAUGUGGGACGAGGGAGCUGAGGGCAAAAGCAGGCUUGUUGCCUCUUCUGACCCUCGUCCUCUUUCUCUGCAUGCCUCCAAAAAGAAAUAAAACCUUUCAAAUUCUUCCUUCCUCCAUUUUUUUUUUUUCAACAAGUGAAAGCUUCACCAGAGAGCUGCUCGUUAGGCAGAUAACUAGGGUAGGGCUAGUUGGCAAUAAGCACCUCUUAAUGGUUAAAGUCAAUCUUUAGUAUUAAGUACAGCCCGCCCACGUGAUCUGCUCGAGGCGGCUGAGCUGCAUGUAGAUCUUCUGCCAAUCCCCCCUGUGUUUACACUACUUUUCGGGGUGAUGCUGUUCGCAGUAGUCCGGGCUACAUUUACACAAUGUCAGUAAGGACAGCGCCCGUUGGGGCAAAAGCCAGUUGGUGUUUCAGCAUCCGAUAUCCGGGCCGCAGGUCGGUCCCAGAUGAGGGGCCCUUUCCACACUCCUAAAAGCAACACCAAAGGGGGCUUGCUGCACCAGCAUAGAAAAACGAUUUUUAUGUUACUGAAACGAUGGGCGGAAAGUGCUUCAGCAACACAGAAUAGCAGGAACGUCCUCUAGCACAAAAACUUUUAAAAUCCAGGCUUGUACUGAACUAGAGAGGGGGGCUUUUUUUGUUCGAAAGCACAAAGGCGGUUUCGUCGAGGGUACUGAAUGCUUACUAUGUUCAGAGCACCAGAGCAACUAAGGAGCUCCUCCAACUAACACACA